AUGGCGCUGGACUCGCGUACCAAAUCCAUCCAAGGCGUCGACAUCCCCGGGUUUACUCAGGAUCUUCAUAGCUUCUGCAUAGGCGUCCCUUCAGGGGCAUCUCAGCCGAUAUUAUGUAGAGGAUCGGUCUUUGGUGUCUACUCCGCGAACCGUCACCAAGUUUACUCCACUGGCAGUACUUCUCCUAUCCUUUUUACAAUCCUGCCGGUUCCACAAGACUGAUGCUCACUUAUACUCUACAAAAACGGCUUCUUCGUCAACCAUGGUUACCUGCAAUCGUAUACAUUUCAAGAUCCCAAUGCAACCGCUACCAGUCCAGGCAAGAUGGUAUAGAGCAGCGGCGGUGAUACCAGAAACAAAUACGAUCGUUUUCUAUGGAGGUGGCUCACCUUCAGUAAACCUUAUGAGUGAUAUUGUCAUCUUCGAUAUGAUAAAUACCAUUUGGGUUGGAAGCUUGGAUCCAGCUACGGAUGGUUACUACAUGCCUACACUCACCGGCACCUCAAGCCCGACUGAUACUAGCACGAAACCCGCGGCGGCUUUAGAUGGAAGAACAAUCACUAGCCUUAUCAUUGGGUGCAUCGUUGUUAUUACCGUACUUGAGAGGACGGCCGCAGAUGCAGCAAGCUAUAAGGUGGAAGAUAUACACCCCGCCUUCCGCCGGAGACUCAGCUACCUCUCGAAUGUCCAACUAAUAACUAGUGAAGCCACGCGUUAAAGAUGGAAUUGAUACGCGAACUUCGCGCCAAGAAGCAUGCACCAUAAACUGUUAUCGCUGCAAGCGAUGCACAUACAGGGAUUGAGCUGCUCCACACUCUACACGCGUACGCGUAUUUUUCGGCUUCUCUGGUUUGUACAAGCCACUGAAGUCCUCCUCUCCU